AUGGAACUUUUACCAAAAUUAUCACAAAAUUUACUUGAAAUUUUAAAUGAUGAAGAAUUUUAUGAUAUAACCAUUGAAGUUGGUAAUGAUCCAUAUGUAAGAAUAUUUCGUGCUCAUAUGGUUAUUUUAUAUUAUCGUUCUCCUUAUUUGCGAAGAAUUAUAACGUUAACGACUAACAAAAGGAAAAACGAUGGAAUUUUAUCACAUAUUAAAUUACCAAAUAUUUCACCGGAAAUUUUUGAAAUUAUUUUAAGGUAUAUUUAUAGUGGGGAAAUAUUUAUAUCUUUGAAUGAGUGUGAUACUUCUAUUAUAAUUAAAACUUUGGUUUCUGCCGGUGAACUUUAUCUUCAGGAAUUAAUCAAAUAUUUACAAUCAUUUUUGAUAAAAAACAAAUCUGAAUGGAUGGAACAAAAUUUUGAUAUCGUUUAUAAUGCAAGCUUUGAAAAUGAUUCGUUCUUGGAUCUUCAAAAUUAUUGUACUGAUUUAAUAUCUAAACAACCAGAUAAAAUUUUUAAUUCAUUAAAUUUUUCCUUAAUUCCAGAAAAGCUUUUGAUUUCAGUUAUUCAAAAUAAUGAUCUUCAAACGACUGAAAUUCAAGUUUGGGAUCAUGUACUUAAAUGGGGACUUGCUCAACAUCCAGAUCUUCCUUCUGAUCCUACAAACUAUUCAAAAGAUGAUUUUAAUACUUUGAAAAAUACCUUAAAACAAUGUAUACCUUUUAUUAGAUUUCAUAAUUUAACUUCUAAGGAAUUUUUAGAUAAAGUAUUUCCUUAUAGAAAAAUUUUACCAAAAGAAUUAUAUAUAGAUUUAUUAAAAGAAUUUUUGGGUAAUGAUAAUAAGAAAAGUGGUAAAUCAAAACCUCGUAUGAAUAAAGAAAUUAGUUUAAUAACUAUUGAUUCAAAAAUCAUUUCAUUUCAACAAGCUGAAUUAAUAUUAAAAUGGGUAGAUAGAUCAAAAAUUGGGAAUAAGUUAACUUCUCCAUGUGAAUUUAAAUUAUUAUUUCGCGGUUCUCGUGAUGGUCUUACACGCGAAAAAUUCCAUCAAUAUUGUGAUGAUCAUUCUCGUACUGUAACAAUUGUUAAAGUGAAAGAUAAUAAUGAAAUUCUUGGAGGAUAUAAUCCAGUUGAAUGGAGAUCUUAUGGUGGUGAUAGUAUUACUAAGGAUAGUUUUAUAUUUUCUUUUAAUAAUAAUAAUAAUGAUAAUAAUAGUAACGAAACUGAAAAUUAUAUUUUAAGUCGUAUAACGAAUGAAAAUCAUGCAAUACUUAAUGGUUCUUUUAAUGGUCCUUCAUUUGGUAAUACUGACUUAAUUAUAUUAGGAUUUUUAGGUAAUUAUUGUAGACAAAAAUCUUAUAAAAAACCGAUUAGAAAAUUUGUACAUUUUGAUAUAGAAGAAUGUGAACAGGUUAAUAAAAAGAAAAAACAGGCAAUAGCAAUGGCAGAAGAGAAUGAAUUUUAUAGUAAACUGUGUGUUGCCGAAAUCUUCAGAGGUGCCAUUGACGAAAAAAGUGAAGAAGAAAUCGAUCUGUUGGAAGAAUGCUAUUUUUGUUAA